AUGUCAAUUGCUGCGUCCCAGCUUCGUGCUUUGCGGCUGAGGUCCAGCUACAUUGGGAUUUCUCAUAUUCUGCGUCCUCGGGCUGUUGGGAAAUGCAGCCCUGUGGCACCGCGGCACUUCAGUGCUCGAGCUUGUUUGCGACAAGAACCUAAGCUUCCUGCUUUUUUGGAGGCUUAUAAGAAGGCUGUGGCCUUCCCUCCCGCGACGCACGAUUUCGAGACUUUCUUCGCCCAAGCAGAGCCAAACACCGAAGUCGUGCUACAUGGAUACCUAGGCUCCCGCAUAGACCUAUCGAAGAAACUAUCAUUCGUCCGACUUUCCGACCCAACCCUCCAGCACAAUGUACAAAUCGUCGCACUCGCGAAAAGCAAUGGCUUCGAAACACUCAAGAGCAUGAACGCCAACAGCCCAGUGGCUGUGCGCGGAACAGUACAAAAGAAGAAGACCAAGGGUUCAGAACCAGUCAGCUUGGAAGACACAUGGGAACUUGCGCUGGAAGAGAUCCAUGCUCUCAACGAAUUCCCGAAAGACAUUAUCAUGACACCUGAAACUGUCUUCCCGCCCGAGCAGCGAUACCUGCAACUUCGAUCGGACCCAGAACUGCGCGAGGCAUUGAGGUUCCGAGCGAAAGCGCAUAACCUCUGUAAAGAAGAAUUGGAAAAAUCUCAGCCUCCUUUCGUGGAGAUUGAGACUCCAUUGCUUUUCAAGUCUACGCCUGAAGGGGCCCGUGAAUUCAUUGUUCCCACGCGGCGCGAAGGAUUGGCGUAUGCUCUACCGCAGAGUCCGCAGCAGUAUAAGCAGAUUCUUAUGGCUAGCGGAUUACCGCGGUAUUAUCAGUUUGCGAAGUGUUUCCGGGAUGAGGAUUUGAGAGCGGAUCGACAGCCAGAAUUCACUCAGCUUGAUUUGGAAAUGUCUUUCGCAACUGGCGACGAUGUAAUGCGCACUGUUGAGGGCGUGAUCCGUCGACUUUGGUCAGAGUUGAUGAAGGAUCCUGCGCCGGCUGGCCCAUUCCGCAAGGUCUCGUACCAGGAGGUCAUGGCCAAAUAUGGCUCCGAUAAGCCGGAUACCAGGUACGGGAUGGAAAUCAUCCGCCUAGACCAUGCUCUCCCAGUGGACUUGGUUGGUAAGAUUUCUGAUCUAGAGAAUCCCAUCGUGGAGGCUUUCAAGAUUGAAGGAAAUGACAAUGAUCCCGCUGAAACCCACCGAUUCAUCACUGAAUUCCUGGAUUCGCCAGCCGGUGCUCCAUUCAACAACAACCCCGACGGUGGACCCGGCGUCUUCGUCUACAACGGCAAACAGCCUCUUUGUGGACUCCAGCCAUUCGGCUUCGAAGCCGCUGAGCAAGCCGAGGAACUCCUUGAUCUUGAUCACGGCGAUCUGAUCAUUGUCCAAGCCCGCCCUCGAGCCCCCUUCUCUGGAGGUUCCACUCCAAUUGGCGAUCUCCGCCGCGCCCUAUACGCCGCAUCCGUCUCAUCGGGCUUCAAGCCCGCCGCGACAGGCUUUGAUUUCCUCUGGGUAGUAGACUUCCCUCUUUUCUCUCCAUCCUCAGACUCCGAACCAGGCCAGGGUGGCGCAGCUGGCUUCUCCUCCACCCACCACCCCUUCACAGCACCCAAGACCCCCGCCGACGUCGACCUCCUCCUCACAGACCCCACCAAAGUCAUCGCAGACCACUACGAUCUCGUCGUGAACGGCGUCGAGCUCGGCGGUGGUAGUCGUCGUAUCCACAAUGCCGCAGUGCAAGAAUUCAUCUUCCGUGACAUUCUGCAAAUGCCAGCUGAGCGACUAACGGAUUUCUCUCACCUGCUGGAUGCCCUGCGCUCGGGCUGUCCACCACAUGCAGGUCUUGCAUUGGGCUUUGAUAGACUCGUGGCUGUCAUGCUGGGCAAAGAAUCCGUUCGUGAUGUGAUUGCUUUCCCCAAGACUGGCAAGGGCGGUGACGACCUUAUGGUUGGAUCCCCUAGUCAAAUGACUGAACAGGCUUUGGAGACAUAUCACCUGAAACUCAGGAAAUAA